ACAGUGGUCAGUGUUGGUCACAUUGGUUUGCAUUGUUGAUUGUAAGCCUUUUAAUAUUUAAUGUGUUGUAACCUUUGUAUUUACAUAGAUAUGUACAUAUGAUGAUUUAUAAUGUAACUCAGUCUAUACAUAAUAAUUUGUAAUACAAUUCAGCAAUCUAAAUCCUAUUUGUAUGAAUUUUACAAGCUCGUACUAGGAAUGUGAAUGUUGUAAACCAUGCCGAUGUUAAUUUUAUGUCGGCAUACACAAAACUGUUUUGAAUUAGUACUUUUGUAUUAAAUUAUAAUUUCAACGAUAUUAUUAACCCAUCGCUUGAAUAAUACUACUCUGUUGAAUUAGCAAGAAUAAAUAAUAAACAGUAACAAUGAACAAUCAAUGGAUCAAGUAUCUUUUUUGGUUCGCCCACGAGCACGUUAAUUUUCGUGCACAUGAAAUGGAAUCUAUUCUUUCUAUGUUUAAUAUAAAUGCCCUUCCCCAUCCAAACUGGAAUGACCGUCCUUAUUGGAUUGUUAAUUUGCCUUCAGAGGCAGUAGCAAUUAAAAUAUCAAGCAGAGCUGUCUGUGUACGGUUUUGUAUGGAACUAUGGGCUAAUAGCAAAAAGUAUGAUGAUUUGCACAACAAGUUGAAAAAUUAUCCAAUUGCAGAAAUUAAGAAAUAUGGAGGGCCACAGAAAUCGUUUAAAGUAAAAGUUGAAACAUUUUGUAAACAUUUUUCACAGAGUGAAAAAGUAAAGAAAAUUGAAUCUUUCAGUUACUUACCCCUGGAAGGACCAGUGAAAUUAAAUAAUCCUGACACAACUUUCUGUUACAUAGAAUUUUAUGGAUUGGAUCCUAAUAACAUUCCUAAUACACCUUAUGAACUCUUUUUUGGUCGAUGGAUUACAAGUGGGCAAAGAGAUUUAAUUCAGAAAUUAUCAUUGAAAACCAGAAAAUUUAUAGGUAAUACGUCUAUGGAUCCUCAAUUGUCAUUAAUAAUGGCAAAUCAGGCUCAAGUUCAAAAAGGGGAUAUUGUUCUUGAUCCUUUUGUCGGCACUGGAUCUUUACUAGUUGCUGCAUCUCAUUUUGGAGGAUACACAUUAGGAACAGAUAUAGACUUUUUAAUGCUUCAUGGACGUACACGACCUACGCGAAUAACGCAAAAGAUUAGGGAAGAUGAUGAAAGUAUUGCUGCGAAUAUGAGUCAGUAUGGCAAAAGUUCUUAUUAUAUUGAUGUAGUUGUAUCAGAUUUUUCUGUUCCUUUAUGGCGAUCAGAUAUGUAUGUAGAUGCUAUAAUUACCGACCCUCCUUAUGGCAUAAGAGAAGCAACAGAAAAGAUAGGUACAACUAAAUCGAAUCCAGUGAUAGAAGAACAUCAAGCAUCUUCUCACAUACCUUCUAAAGUUGGCUAUGGUUUACCUGAGAUCUAUAGAGAUCUAUUAAGUUUCUCUGCUAAACAUUUAAAAACAAAUGGAAGAUUAGUGUGUUGGUUUCCUUUGUUUAGAGAUCAGUAUUCAGACCUCCAAUUACCAACACAUACAUGUUUAGAACUCAUAGCUAAUUCAGAGCAAGUACUUAGUAAUUAUACUAGUCGCAGAUUAUUAACUUAUAGAAAAAUAAAAAAUCCAAAGGAAUCUGAUGAAACAAUUUCUUCAAAUUUAACCGAUUUUCGAGAACAAUAUUUUGCAUUACGAAACGAAAGCCGAAAAGAAAAACGAUUAAAGAAAGCAGGAGAGAAAGCAAAAAACAGAGAGCUUUGGGAACGAAAUAAUAAAGAAAAUUCACAUAGAUGAC